GAUUCCUGUGAAGAACUACACCUCCCAUGAUCCUCAUAGGAGAAAUGAUAACGCUACGAUCCCACUGUUGUUUUUUUUCCUUAUCAUGACAAAAUAUAGAUUAAGUUGUAUAACAGAAAUAUUUUUAUUUUGAAAGGGAAGUUAUAAUUUGGGCUGUUUUUGGUAUUUACAGUGUGAUUGGGCUGGAGAGAGACUCUUUCCCAUCAUGCAAUCCUUGUCGGAAAUGAAAAAGACUGGCCAAGAUGGACUGCGGUGAGCGGUUGUUUUCUAUGUGCACGUAUUGUUUUUCCUCUAUUUCAGGAGCUUAACUAAAUCGAAGUCUCGACGACGUGUCCAGCAUUAGCCACAUUACCGACUCAAACAUCAGUCUUCAAGUCCGGGCACUCGUUUUAGUUUUGUCGCCUACUUUAGCCUAGCCUAGUUGGCUAACCGCUAACAAAACUGCAAGGCGUUCAGAAAUCAAGUGGGGAAUAUGUUCGGGAGAACUACACCGGCUGCAGAAAAGUUCCAGGAGGAACAAUGUGGAGUAAAAGAGGAGCCCCCACGUCACCAAGACUCGACUAUGUGCAAAAUGAUGCACGCAAAGGUUGUUCUUUGCAGACUCGAAGAUCUAUAUGUCAGCCAAUCCCAUCGUCUUGAGCACCAGGAGUCUGCAUGCAUCAAGGGGGAGGAGGAAGAAUCGCCAUACAUCAAGGAGGAAGAGUCCGUUCACAUUCAAGGUUUCAGAAAAUACCGAAAAUACCUUAGUGCUGAGCGGCAGCAGCCAGAAUCUCCUGGCGUGAAAGAGGAUGUUGAGCUCCCCCAAAUCAAAGAGGAGGAGCCCAAGCCCUGUCAACAGAUGCAACUUCCAAUCAAAAAGGAGGAGGAGGAGCUGCCUUGCGUGAAAGAGGAGGAAGAGGAGCAGCAUAUCACCAAGUUGACUGGUGAGCCCCUGAAGAGUGAAGAUGGUCCGAGUGAAGCCGGCACAGGGGCGGAGCCUCCAAGCGGCAGCAGCAGCAAUUCAACAGAAGGAUUGCAAGCAGACCUUUUCAUCGCUCCGUCAGACAGAAAUGGCGCCACGUCACACUCACCUUACAAUGAUGAUGGCCAUCAGACAUCUAACGGUGAUGACAAACUCUGCAAAUGCUCUCAGUGUGGGAAAACCUUUGCUAAUAAGUAUUCUUGUUGGAAGCAUAUGAGGAACCACACUGGUAAAAAGCCUUUUUCCUGCUCAGUUUGUGGUCAAGGAUUCGCUGAAAAAGGAACCUUAAAAAGACACAAAAGAACCCACACUGGCGAAAACCCUUUUUCCUGCUCAGUUUGUGGUCAAGGAUUCGCUGAUAAAAGAACCUUAAAAAGACACAAAAGAACCCACACUGGCAAAAAACCUUUUUCCUGCUCAGUUUGUGAUCAAAGAUUCAGAUAUAACAGCAGCUUGAAACAACACACAAGAACCCACACUGGCGAAAAACCUUUUACCUGCUCAGUUUGUGAUCAAAGAUUCAGUCUAGAGAGCAACUUAAAACGACACACAAGUGCCCACACUGGCGAAAAACCUUUUUCCUGCUCAGUUUGUGAUCAAAGAUUCAGUCAAAAGAGCAACUUAAAAAAACACACAAGGACCCACACUGAUGAAAAACCUUUUUCCUGCUCAGUUUGUGGUCAAAGAUUCAGUUCCAAGAGCGGCUUGAAGCAACACAUAAGAACCCACACUGGCGAAAAACCUUUUUCCUGCUCAGUUUGUGGUCAAAGAUUCAGAUCCAAGAGCACCUUGAAACAACACACAAGAACCCACACUGGCGAAAAACCUUUUUCCUGCUCAGUUUGUGAUCAAAGAUUCAGUCUAAAGAGCAACUUACAACGACACACAAGUGCCCACACUGGCGAAAAACCUUUUUCUUGCUCAGUUUGUGGUCAAGGAUUCACUCGAAAGACAGGCUUAAAUAUACACAAAAGAACCCACUUGGCGAAAAACCUUUUUCCUGCUCAAUUUGUGAUCAAAGAUUAGCU